AUGUCAAUUAUGGCGAGUGGACGCCGGCCGAGAAAGGGUGCUCUGCGCAUCAACCCCCCUGUUCCAGCAUCGGGAUCUGUGGUACGGCUGGUGCAUCAUGCGGUAGUAACGACAAACCCAAUCGACGAUCAGGUCAAUUGA